AUGAUAAAUGAAGUUCAUGAAUUAAUUUCAGCUAAACAAAUCAAAAAACCUUCCUUAUUUUUUAUUAAAACAGAUGAUACAGAAGAUGAUGGAAUUUUUGAUUAUAAUAACCUUCUUAUAGAAAAUAAAGAAAAUUUUAAUGAAAAUAAUGGAGAUAAUGAAUUACUUAAAGAAAGUGAUGAUG